AUGUCCAAACGUCAACAAAUGCGCUCGCGAGACGAGUUGAAGCAGAUCAUUAACUUGCCAGAUAAUCGAAAUGAAUGUGGUGAAUGUAAAACUGCCUUUCCAACAUGGGCAAGUUAUAGUAUUGGAAUUUUUCUCUGUGGUCGUUGCGUUUCUUAUCAUCGUAAGUUGGGAUCUCAUAUUACCAAAGUCAAAUCACUCACCAUGGACACUUGGUCCGAGGAUCAAAUCUCCAAUUUACGUCGUAUUGGUAACAAAAGGGCGAGCAAAGCUUGGAAUCUGAAGAAAGUUCCAUUCCCAUUUGAUGAGGAUGAUUCUUCAGCUAUUGAAAAAUGGUUUCGUGAAAAAUAUGUCUUGAGGAAGUACUGUUCUGAUGACCCAAACUUAACGUUGGGCGAGGAUGAUGCAUUUGAAGCUGACGUCCAGGAGAAGCCACGUCGUCGAUCUAAAGGAAAUGCUUUCUACGAAUCUGAUGAGGAUAAUGUUGAUUAUGAGCAUAAAAAUUCAUCUAGUGGAAGGUCAAGACGCACUGGUUCAAGAAAUAGAUCUUCAUCAAUUAAUAACGAUGAUAUGUUUAAAGAUGAUUUGUACAGCAAUACUGGAGGUCAGGAUUCUAAGGACUACUAUGACAAUAAUAGUGGAAGGUCCAGUGGCAAAUCUUCCCGGUUUGGGGGUCUCUCCUCCCGGUUCUCAAAACCAAAGUUCAUGUCUAGUGGCUCAAAAAAGAAAGACAAAUUUGAUUCCGAAUCGCUUCCUACCUUGACUGGUCGUAAAAUAACUAAAUUCGAAGACGAAGUUUUCCAUAAAGAAGCCAUUAGAUUUGCCAAGAAGACGGGAAUUAGAGAUAUUGAUUCAAUUAUCGAAGCGCUUGUUUUAUCCAACGGUGAUAAUUUUGCUGCAUUUGAGAUCAUCAAGAAAUCUAGAAAAAAAUCACGUAAUAAAUCAUCAUCUUCAAAUCCCUCUAAUGAUGAUAAGUCAAGAAGUGAAAACAGUAGUGAAAAGAAACCUGCGUUACCUCGACGUACCAAUGUCGAUAAACCAAUUGAAAGUUCUACCGAUUGGGCCGAUGGUGACAAUCUAUUGGAGGAUGAUAAUAUCAUUGAUGUCGCUGAUAAAGUAUCGCGUCCAGUUGAAGAGCUAUUCGAUGGCGAUGGAGUUCAACAACCACAAUCUCAGCAAGCUACUGCCAUGAUUGAUCCAAAUAGAGGAAUAAUCUAUACUACUCCUGCUCAACCGCAAGCGUUCGUAAUGCAACAAACCGGAAAUCCUUUUGCAACUGUUCAGCAACAGCAGCCAAUGAUCACUGGUAAUCCAUUUGCAAUGCAGCAACAGCCAAUGGCCACUGGUAAUCUUUUUUUGAUGCAACAACAGCAGCCAAUGGUUACCGGAAAUCCGUUCAUGCAACAACAACAACAACAACAACAACAACAACAACAACAACAACAACAACAACAACAACAACAACAACAACAACAACAACAACAACAACAACAAAUGUCCGCUACAGGUUUCGGAAUUACAAACUCGAUAUUCACAGGGACUGGCUCCUCUACUCCAUCACCUUUUGGAUCACAAUCUCAACUACCUUCAUUCGGCAACCCUCCAAGUACUGCUACAUCAUUAACCACUGGUGAUGCUGUUAACAAUGGAGUUUCUAGUAAACUAUCUCUUAACCAGUUAUCACAAUUAAAACAGCAGCAGACCGCUCAAAAACAGCAGGAACAGUUCAUGCAGGUGCAACAACAGCAACAAAUGUUGCAAGCCCAAGCUACUGCUAUGGCUCAACAACAGCAAUUCCAAAACCAAUUAGCUCAACAACAACAACAACAACAACAACAACAGACACAGCAGUUCCAACAAACUGGUUUUGGACAACCUCAGUUCCAACAACAAGUGGCAAACCCAUUCCAAAUGACCGGUGCCCAGCAGACAGGAUUUGGCCAAUCACAACAAUUUUCAUCCCAAACACAAAACACUUUUUUCUGA